GUACUUGCAAGAAGAUGAUUUAACCCAAGAAUGUAAGGAACUAUUGUCUUGCCUACCCAGAGAAAAAGGGUAGGUUGUCUCUCAUUUAUAUCAAUACCAAGGUUUUUGGCACCCAUCUAGGCAAUUGCAAGGAGUAAUUGCAUGUCAACAACACUUUCAAGCUCAAGACACCGAUAUCCUCCUCGUUACUACGCCUAAAUCCGACACCACCUGGCUGAAGGCAAUCCUGUUCGCAAUAAAGAACCGGACACGUUAUCCUGACAUGAACCGACACCCAUUGUUUGCAGACAAUCCGAAUGAUCUUGUCCCUUUCUUGGAACUCAAGCUCCAUGUUGACAAACAAGUCCCUGAUCUCACCUCUUUCACUUCUCCGAGGCUAUUUGCAACCCAUUUACCAUUCUCAUCCUUGCCUAAAUAUGUGACAUGUUCGGCAAGCAAGCUUGUCUAUCUAUGCAGGAACCCCAUGGACACUUUUGUUUCACUUCAUCACUUCACAAACAAGCUUAGACCUCCUAGCCUUGGACCCAAUAUACUUGAAGAUGUAUUUGAUAUGUUUUGUAAGGGAGUGUGCCUAUAUGGACCCUUUUGGGAUCAUGUGUUGGGUUAUUGGAAGGAGAGCUUGGAGAAACAUCAAAAAGUACUUUUUUUAAAGUAUGAGGAGAUGAAAGAAGAACCCACUAUCCAUCUAAAGAGAUUAGCUGAAUUCAUGGGCUGCCCGUUUUCUCUAGAGGAAGAGACAUUAGGGGUGGUGGAUGAGAUGUCAAGGUUGUGUAGUUUUGAUCAUUUGAGUAGUUUGGAGGUGAACAAGAAUGAAAAGUUGUCAUCAGGGGAGGAGAAUAAAGCCUUCUUUCGAUGUGGUGAGGUCGGAGAUUAGAAAAAUUAUUUGACAGAUGAGAUGGUCAAGCGCCUAGUCCAAAUCGGCGAACAAAAGUUCGCUGAAUCUAGGCUAAAAUUUUAAGGCUCCUAAGUUUGUGAUUGUCAUUAAUUCAAAUAAAGGUCUAUUGUUCAUUUCAACAAUUCUAUUUUAUUACAACUCUUCUAAGUGAUUAUCUUCAAACAAUUAUGUUGCUUCAUUAUAGAUGACGUGAUAUCACGAAUGUAUGGGAUAAAUCUUAUUAUACAUAGCUUUUGUUG